UGUUGCUCUGCACCGCCGGGCGGAGAGAGCGACGGGUCAGAGGAAAAUGGCGGACGGUGUGGAUCACAUCGACAUCUACGCCGACGUAGAGGAGGAAUUUAGCCAGGAAGCCGACUACCCAGUUCACGAGCAGAUCGACCUGUAUGAUGAUGUAAUAUCCCCAUCAGCCAACAAUGGCGAUGCUCCAGAAGACCGCGACUACCUGGACACACUGCCUGCACCAGGUGGCGCAGAGGGAGGAAAGAGUGCCCCACCCAACGUGGUGUACACCUACACAGGCAAAAGGAUUGCCUUGUACAUAGGAAACCUAACAUGGUGGACGACAGAUGAGGACCUGACAGAAGCCAUCCGGUCAGUAGGCAUCACAGAUGUGCUGGAGAUCAAGUUCUUUGAAAACAGAGCCAACGGCCAGUCAAAAGGGUUUGCGUUGGUGUGCGUGGGCUCAGAAGCAUCAUCCAGGAAGUUAAUGGAGCUGCUGUCAAAGAGGGAGCUCCAUGGUCAGAAUCCCAUCGUCACACCAUGCAACAAACAGUCCCUCAGCCAGUUUGAGAUGCAGUCACGCAAAAGUACCCAGUCAGGCCAGAUGUCUGGAGAAGGUAAAGCUGGUCCCCCUGGCGCUGGCCCUCGUGGAGGUUUCCCCAUGGGUCGAGGUAGAGGCAGAUUCCCUGGACCACCCGGUCCUGGAGGAGACCGCUUCCCUGGGCCCGUUGGGCCUGGCGGGCCGCCACCACACUUUCCUGGCUCGGGGAUGAGACCAGAUCUGAUUAGACACCAAGAUGGCCCUCUGAUGGAUAUGAGUUUCAAUCCCUUCCCGCCGGGGGGCAGGAACGGGAGCUGGCGUGGCAGAGGUGGGAUGCAAGGUCCCCCACGCGUUCUUCCCCCCACCUGGCAACAACAACAUGCCCCCUAAUGACAGCCGAGGGCCCCCUGGACCAAAUGACCCAUACGGACGGCCACCACCAUAUGAGAGAGGGGACUACGGUCCUGGAGGCCGGGAGAUGGAGGCCUCCCGGACACCUCUGAGUGAGGCAGAGUUUGAGGAGAUCAUGAACAGAAACAGAGCCAUCUCCUCCAGCGCGAUAUCUAGAGCAGUGUCUGAUGCCAGUGCAGCUGACUAUGGCAGUGCUAUAGAGACCUUGGUGACAGCCAUCAGUCUGAUUAAGCAGUCCAAAGUGUCAGCAGACGACCGUUGUAAGGUCCUUAUCAGUUCCCUGCAGGACUGUCUCCAUGGCAUUGAGUCAAAAAGCUACGGUUCCGCCUCCAGGCGAGAGCGCUCCAGGGAACGAGACCACAGCCGCUCCAGAGAAAAGAGCCGAAGGCACAAAUCCCGCAGUCGCGACCGGCACGAGGACUAUUACCGUGAACGCAGCCGGGAGCGUGACCGCCAUCGCGAGAGGGACCGGGACAGAGAUCGUGAGAGAGAGAGGGAGAGGGAGUACCGACACCGCUAGACGAUAAGGAAGCUAACGAGGCUCAAGGAUGGAUGGAAGGAAAAGGAGGGAGAAUUUCAGUGCGCCACCACCUCCCCACCCUGCAUGACCGGACAGGAUUACAACCACCACCUCUUCCUCCUCCUCCCCUCCAUCUCUCCUCUCCUCUCCGUCUCCACCCAUCCUUCUCUCUGUCUGUUCAUCUUGUCUGCCUGACUAAGAGCAGUGGAUGGAAGACCCUGACCUGUGUAAGGCUAUGUUAUCUAAACAUCUAUACUCAUGGUAACUAAAGAUGAAAGAAAAGAAACUUUCCAAACAGCUCUUUUAUUUUUACGAUGUUUUAUUUGACAUGAAGAUGACUACGUGUGAUGCUUUUUUGCAAAGAAACAAUAAAAUGGCCCACACAAUCCCCCACCUAGAAGACACAAACAUUACAUCCUAUUUUGUUUUUUAUUUUUCCUUGGCUCGCUGUACUGUGUACAUUCAGUUUAGAGAUCAGUUUUUAUAGGGUGCAUAUUUGAUGUUUUUUCCCUACCCCUCCCUCUCAUUCUCAUUUAUUCUUUUCAUGGUUAGUAUGUUUGUAAAUGUCUUUCUGCUUUUGAUUAAAAACUAGAUGGUGUUGUAAUAAAAAAUGUUUACUGAGGUACUCGAUGCAUUUGGUGAAUUCCUCUACAUGUUUGGCUCAUUUAUAUUAAAUGUAUAUUUUGGACUGC